UUUAACACGAGUUAGAGAGCUCUGAAGUUAUUCCUAGAAAGAUGAGAGACCCUGGGAUCAAUAUUGUCAAGAUUUGGGACAGGCUUUCCCAGGAGUCUGACAUUCUUUUUAUUCCCAUGCAAAGGAGCCAGAGCUAGUAUUGCACAUUUUAUCGGUAGAUGAGGUCACCAAGGGAUGAAUGUGGGAAACAGAGGGUCUUGCUGAUUAUUAUGGUCAAAUUUCUCUAGAGGAAACGCCACAGAGAAGAAUGUCAGAUGCAGAGGGAAACCCACUAGAAGAAGCAGAAGAUGGAGAGACAGAAAUGAAAGAAGAAGAAGAUCCAGAUUAUUCUGAAGAGGAAGAAAAUGUACCACAGAAAUCAGAGGAUGACCUAUUACCAUGGAGAGAGACUCAGGAGGAGAAAAAGGCGGAGGAGGAAGGGGAAGGAAACCUGGAGGAGGAGGAAGGGGAAGGAAACCUGAAGGAGGAGGAAGGGGAAGGAAAUCUGAAGGAGGAGGAAGGGGAAGGAACAGAGGAAAAGGCUGAAGCAGCACUGGCCGAGAUGGUUUCAGGAUCCCAGGAAGAAAUCACAAGGGCGUCCCAACAAAUCACCAUGGCCAUGAUCAGUUUGGAGGGACUCGCAUCCACUGAUUCCCAGUCGCUCACGUCAGAAAAUUCUCCAAUAAUUGGUAGGGAGUCAGAGCAUUCAUUGCAAACGGAGAGCUUGAGCACCCUGAGCUCACCCUCUGACUAUGAGUUGGCGCUCACCAGUUCUGAAGAAAAACUGAUAAUUUCCCUUCAAAAGAAAAUGGCCCGAUUGUCCUCAGGGGAACUAGCCCAAGAAAGAGUUUCAGAACCAGUAAAGGAGGAAAAGAGACGAGAAAAAAAAGUAUCCUACGUCGACAAGGGAAAAGAGGAAGAAUUGCAGCCCAUAGCCCACACCCCUGCGAUGGACAAGGACUCGCUGGUGUCCACCAGCAGUAAGGACAUUUUGUUUCAGAAGGACGACGGGGCCAAGGUGUAUCCCUUGACCAUGACGUGGAAGUUCGGAUGGAACAGUUCUCUCCCUGUGUACUACAUCCGAGACGAAGAGCAGCGGGUGCUCCUGUACGCCAACGCCCACACCGCGGUCAUCUACAACGCUUACAAGAACACUCAGCAUCACCUUCGGGGCCACCCCAACGUGAUCUCCUGCAUGUGCGUCAGCGAGGACAGGCGGUGGAUCGCCACGGCCGACAAAGGGCCCAACUGCCUGUUGAUGAUCUGGGACUCCUUCACAGGAGUGGCCUGGGCUGAGGGGGGCCAGGUCGCACUACCCGGCUUGGAGGCCCAGAGAAAGAGAAACAGAAAAUUUAUCGUUUAUUGUAAUAUGUCUCCAUACUUUAUAUUUCAGAACUACCUUAUUUUUAAUCCAACAAAUAAUAAAGAAUUGGUGAGCAAUAGUAAAGUACGGGCAAUAUAUUAUUUGUGGUAUGAAGAGAGAGAGAUACUUAUUCACAGUGCCCCACUUUUAACAGAAAAAACGUUCAACAAGCACGUGGGGAAGUUCAGCCAGUCCAUCUUUCACCUGAAUUUAACCCAAGUCCUGUCGGCCACCCUGGAAGGGAAGCUGGUGGUCUGGGAUGUGUACCGCCCCCCGCUAUCUGCCUCCACCCUCCCCUACAUCAAGCCUUGUAAACUGGUUCACUUGCAGAAAGAGGGUAUCACUGUGCUUACUACAGUUGACAGCUAUAUUGUCACAGGUGACGUGAAGGGUAACAUUAAGUUCUACGAUCGCACCCUGUCCAUCAUGAACUGGUUCAGCAACUUCAAACUGAGCUCCAUAAGAACGCUGUCCUUCUCGAAGACCCUGGCGACGCCUCCUACCGAGAAAUCAAACUACCCUUCAGACUGCACUUUAAAAGGUGACAUUUUUGUCAUAAGGAAUUUUAUCAUCGGAACAUCUGAUGCGAUCGUGUACCACUUAAAGGCAGAUGAGACCAAGCUGGAGAAGUUACUCAUAGAGCCCAAGGAAGCCAUUUGUGCCAUCUCCUGCCACCCGUAUCAGCCCCUCAUCACCAUCGGGAGUUCCUGUGGCAUGAUCAAAGUGUGGGAUUAUAAAAAGAAAAGAUACCUUUUCAGCAGAGUCUUCGAGAAGGGGCUUGGAAUCCAGAGUCUGACCUACAACCCCGAAGGAGACCUUCUUGGAGCUGGCUUCACCGAGGGGACAGUUUACAUUCUUGAUGCAAUGUCCUUGGAAAAUGGAAUCCCAGAGCCUUUCAACUAUUCCAGGACCAGCGUGACGCACAUCAGCUUCUCCCAUAACUCCCAGUACAUGGCAACCGCGGAUGCAAAUUUUACUGUGGCCGUUUACAUGGUCAAGGUCAGGAAUAGUCAGAGGGUCUGGGAAUACCUGGCAAGGCUGCGUUCUCAUCGCCAAAGCAUUCGGAGUCUCCUGUUCGGGGUUCAUCUGGAUAGCAAUGAGCCCAGACUGCUGAGCCUCGGGAGAGACCGGCUCCUGAUCGAGUAUAAUCUUCUCGGGAGCUACAAAAACCACCUGGAAGUGCUGGACAUUCACCAAACUGACCAGGGCAACUACCCCACCUGUAUGAUCUGGUACCCACCACUCACCAAGGAACUCUUCCUGCUCAUCUCCAACAGCGGCUACAAAGUGAAACUUUUCAAUUCUACCACCAAAAUGUGCAGAAAGACACUUCUGGGGCCAGUCUUCGGGUCUCCCGUGGAGCAGGUCCAGGUCCUCCCCGUGAAAACCGCCAUGGAGCUGGAGAGGCGCUACUUGGUGUUCAUCAACAGAGACAAGGUCGGACUCCAGAUCUUACCGAUAGAUGGCAACCCCCAUAAGACCUGUGCUAUCGUCUGCCACCCGAACGGGGUGGCCGGGAUGGCCCUCUCCUACAAUGGCCACUACAUCUUCACGGCCGGGGGACAGGACCUGUCUGUGGUGCAGUGGGAAGUCAACCUCAGCGCCCUGGAGGCAGCUGUUUCUCUUGGGGGUGAAGACUUGAUCCCGUUCUAUGGCCUGGUGUCUGGUGGCAGGGAAGGAAAAUUCUACAGGGAGCUGGAGGACUAUUUUUACUACUCGCAGCUCCGUAGUCAAGGCAUCGACACAAUGGAGGCCAGGAAGGUGUCGGAACACAUUUGCCUGUCGGAGGUGCCUUUUGUCAUGAGAGCCAUCGGCUUCUACCCCUCGGAAGAGAAGAUCGAUGAUAUAUUUAACGAAAUCAAAUUUAGUGAGUAUGUGGACACUGGAGAGGUAAUUGACAAAAUCACCUUACCGGAUUUCCUGAAAGUUUACCUUAACCACCGGCCACCUUUUGGUUACACCAUGAGUUCCAUCCAGAAGAACUUCAACAUUCUGGGCUACACCAACUCGGAAGGAAAGAAAGCCAUUCGAAGAGAGGAUUUCCUGAGGCUGCUUCUAACUAAAGGGGAGCACAUGACGGAGGAGGAGCUGUCCGACUGCUUCGCCACGCUGCUGGGCCUGAACCCCGAGGGCUGGAAAUCCGAGCCGGCCGCCUCCUCCCUCAAAGGGCCGGAAGUGCGCUGGGAAGAGGAGCUCCCGGAGGAGAUCACGGCGGAAAUAUUCGUCACGGACAUCCUGGGCCUGACCAUUUCACCCGGUUUCGGACAAGAUGCUGAGGCAGAUGUGCCCGAUGUCGUCCCCGACACAUGCGCAGUCCAGCACGCCUCCCACCCAGACCAGGCCCUUCCCAGGGGAACUAGCCUGGCUGGCAGCGCUUCGGAGCCCUGCCCGGGUGCUCUGUGCUGGGCGCUGGGGCUGUGUGUGCAGAGCCUUCCCCGCUGCCUGGCGCCCACCUGGACCGCAGACUGGAACCGUCGCCCGGACCAGCCAUGUCACUGCGACCUUGGGACGGACAGCGUCUCGUCGUGUCACCAGUGCUAGCUCACAUUUUGUUCUUAAAACAAAACAAAAAACAAGCUCUGUGGAUCAAUUUUGCAGCUGCUGAGGGCUUCAGAGACAUAUUACCAAACAGCAAGCCAGUUAGAAAGUUCUCAGGGACAUUUUAGGGAACAGGAAACCCCAAAUGACUUGUUCUCUUAAAACAACAACUCAGAAUUGGAUGCAGUCUAGACACCAGAGGCUUCUUUCUCUUUCUUUUUUUUAAAAAAAAUUUAUU